GAGUUAAUACUUUCUUUUCUUUAUUGUUCUUAAAUCCAAGUCAACUACUUAGUUUAGUUACUUUAAGAUCCAGCAACCAUGGUUUCUUCUUUCAACACCUUUCAGAUUAAGCAACCAUGGUUUCUUCUUUCCACACCUUUUCUUUUUGUCUCAUCUUAUUCCUUUCUUUCUAUUCCUUCUUUUCUCCCCCUCAAUCUCACAACAAGGUUUCUCUAGAAGUCUACUAUGAAACUUUGUGCCCUUACUGCGCCGGUUUCAUCGUCAAUCAUCUUCCAGAAAUCUUCCAACACGAUCUUCUCUCCAUCGUUGAUCUUAAGCUCGUUCCUUGGGGUAAUGCUAACAUCAAAGGCAACAAAACCUUUGCUUGCCAGCAUGGUCCAUAUGAGUGCUUGCUCAACACGGUUCAAGCGUGCGCUAUUGAUAUCUGGCCUCAACCGGACACGCAUUUCUCUUUCAUCUAUUGUAUUGAAGAUCUUGUACUUCAGGGUAGGCGCAGAGAAUGGAGAUCUUGUUAUACGAAACUGGGUCUGAAUUCAACACUUGUUGAUGAUUGUUAUCGUAGUGAUCACGGAAAAGAGUUGGAGCUAAAGUUCGCAAAUGAAACAAAUGCUCUACAGCCUCCUCACGAGUACGUUCAAUGGGUAGUUGUGGAUGGAAAACCACUCUACGAGGAUGAUGAUAACUUCAUAAGUUACAUCUGUAAAGCUUAUAAAGGCCCUGAUGCACCCAAAAUUUGCACUCAAGCAUCGUAUCUUAGUAUUGUUCGAGAAGUGGAAGCUAAGGGUAAACAUUCAACAUGGAAAAAAAAUAAAGUCGACCAUUGCCUCAUGGACGAGUCUGAUGAACUUUCUAGUUGCAAUGUAAAUGCAUCAAUGCAAUGUGUGACUUAGAAUCUGUUUGUUUCUAUUCUGUUGUAAUAAUUUCUGAAAAACUGCGAAUAGAACAUGUAAUGAGUUAGUAGUACUUUUGUUUU